AGCCGCCGCCGCCAUCGCAGACUCCUCAGCGAGCGCCUCAGGUUUCCUGCUCGGUGAAGGAGGGCCAUGAGCGGCAGCGGCGGCUCCUGACGGCGGCGCCGCCUCGCCCGCUCGCUCGCUCCUCCCCCCCCCCAUCGCGCCGAGGAUGCUGAAGAUGAAGCUGCCGGUGAAGCAGCAGCAGCAGCAGCAGCAACGGCAAACGAUGAGCCACCAGGAGGCGGACGACGGCGGCGGCGAAGGAGCGGCGGUUGGCGGCAUGGCCUGCCACCCUCGCCGAAGCGGCGGCGGCGGCGGCUCAGGUGCGGCCGCUUCCCCGGGCCCCGGAGGACUGCCUCCGCCUCUCCCUCUGCGGUGCCUCUGCGGCUGCUCGGCCGGCGGCGCCCGCGAGGCGGUCUACGAGUGGUUCGGCCUGGCGCUGGGCUCCUCUCAGCGGCUGGAGUUCGCCGUGGGGCUGCUGGACCUGCUCAACCCGCUCGAGCUGCGCUUCCUGGGCUCUUGCCUGGAGGAGCUGGCCCGAAAGGACUACCACUGCCUGAGGGACUCCGAGGCCAAGGCCAACGGAGGAGACGCCGCCCCGGCGGCCACCGGGAACCCCUCCGCCCAGGCGCAGCAGCAGCAGCCGCCGCAACCCCUCGCGCCGACGCCGCCUUCCCCACCGGGCGCCGCCGCCGUAGCCUCUGCUUCCCCGCCUCCGGCUGCUCCUGCCCCACCGCCGGGGGGCAGCGACUUCCGCGACCCGGCCGUGCGCUCCAAGCUCAUCGUGUACUUGGCGCUGCUGGGCUCCGAGAACCGAGAGGCAGCCAGCCGGCUGCACCGGCUGCUGCCUCGCGUGGACGCCAUCCUGCAGAGCUGCCGGCCCGGCGGCGAAGAGGAGGAAGCGGCGGCGGCGGCAUCGGGGAGAGGCGAGGAAAAGGCGUCGUCGUCGGAAGAGGGCCUGGGUCCGGUGGCCCAGGAGGAGCUGCUGCUGCUCUUCACCAUGGCAUCCCUGCACCCGGCUUUCUCCUUCCACCAGAGGGUCACCCUCCGGGAGCACCUGGAGCGGCUGCGGAGGGCCCUUUGCCGCGACGACGCGGAGGACGCGGACGGGCUCACCUGCCGCGGGGGUCGGAACUUUUCUCAUAACUGCAUGGCAAGGAAUGAGAGCGGUUUACUUGAACAAAGGGCAGCACUUCAUGAUAAACAUAUGGUAGCCUCCCACAGACCACAACAAGAAGCUGUUCAUAUUGAAAAGAUAAUGCUGAAAGGAGUACCAAGGAAAAGAGCUGACAAACAUCUGGAGUAUACUUUCAAAGUAAUCUGGUCUGAUCAUUCUAUAUCCUGUGUAACAAAAACACAUCAAGAUUUACAGGAAUUUCUACUAAAACUUCCAAAGGAACUUUCUUCUGAAGCAUUUGACAAUACUAUUUUAGGAGCACUAAAUCAAGGGUUCCAGAAGCAAGAAGAAAGGCGACACUUAGACUUUGAACCCAUGAUAAGGCAGCUGUUUUCAACAACAUCUCAAGCUUUUCUGCAGAAUCAAAGAGUAAACAGCUUCUUUCAAUCUCUGUCCUCGGAGGCUUUGCAUGUGCACAAUAAUCUCCAAUCUUCUCUGAAGACAUCUAAGCUACCGGAACAUUUCAAGGAGGACAGCUCAGAAGCUUCAAGUCAGGAGGAAGAAAUGAUACAGCACACAGUGAUUCACAAGAAACAUAAUGGGAAAUGUCCUAUUACGAACACAGUUAAUACUAAAUGUUCUUCGCUGGAUGGCUUCAACAUAAAUUCUGAACAUAACGGUGUGGCAGACUGGAGAAGAAAAGGCUGUGCUGUUCAGCAGCAUCCAGAACAUUGCACAUUACUUGAUCAGUACACAGGGGAGAAGAGAAUUUUGCCUGUAAUGAGCAAGAAGAAAGGAAAGUUUCAACCAGAAAAAGAUAAAAUAAAGAGAACUGACACCCGGUUUACCAUCAGAACUAGCUGUAUGAGAGUCGCUGAUGGUCACCUCCACCCAGGAACAGUAAGAGAUUCAAAUUUAGACAUUACAAUGGGACAUGACACAUGUGGAGAAACCUCUUCAGAGAGUUACAGUUCUCCUUCUAGUCCACGGCAUGAUGGAAGGGAAAGCUUUGAAAGUGAAGACGAAAAAGACAGAGACACAGAUAGCAAUUCUGAAGAUUCUGGGAACCAAAAUGUGAUGAGAUUUGCUGGUUAUGGUGCUACGGACCUCAAUAAGUCACCUGCACAGAUUUCAGUGAGAUCAGACAAUGGGAAUAUCGUAGAGGAUCCUUUGAAUCCACAGUUUCAGCACAUUUCCUUUUUACCUGCUCUGCACUACGUGGUGCACAAUGGCGCACAGAAGCCUGAAACUGUAGUCCCACCACCCAUAUCUGCUGAUGGGAAAACUUUGGGAAUGGUGGUUGCAAAUGCAGCUCCUGUUGGAAUGGGCUCCGCUGGUGAACCUGAGAAGCAUGUUGAACUUCUGUCUUCACCUUUGUCUACCACUUUCCUCCCGCCCGCGGUCCAGUCUGGUAGCCCUGCAUUGCAUCUAGCAAUACACAGAAUGAAGAUAUCUUCACCGCAGGCGCCGUCUGAAAAUUGUGCAGUUAGUGGACCACAGCAACAAACUGGAAACUUAAGUAUUGGAUCACCAAACACUGCCUUUAUCCCAGUCCACAACCCAGGUAACUUUCACGGACCCACAGUUCCUACUACAGACCCAAUCUCAAAACCUUCACCCCAUGUGAUGGGCUUAAAUCAAAUGGUGCCUCAUGUUGAGGGAAACGCAGGAGUGAUCCCUCAACCUCCCAGUCUAAAAGUAGUUGUUCCUGCAGCUGGCCUCUCCACAGCACUUCCACCAGCUCCGUUUCCUGUUCCAGUGACUCUUCAUGCUACCAGUGUGUUGCCCAAUCAGAGUACGACUGUGCUGAACACUGUGGCAUCAACACCACCACCGCCUCCAUCAUCUGGUCUGUGUGCUAGUCAGGUCCAGCCUACUGCUCCUCCUGCAAUACCUACCCACACACCGGGACCUGCACCCAGUCCGAGCCCUGCUUUAACACACAGCACCGCCCAGAGUGACAGCACAUCCUACAUUAAUGCUGUUGGAAAUAGUAACGCCAGUGGGACUCUCUUGUCUCCACCGCAGUUGGGGUCUGGGCCUUGCGGGCCGUGUGGGUCUUGUGGUCGCAGAUGCAGCUGUGGGACCAAUGGAAGUCUUCAGAUUAACAGUUACAUUUAUACCAAUCCACUUCACGGACAGUUCUACCGAGUUCCAUCUUUCAUCCCUCUGCCAUCACUUUGCAGUGGUAGCUACCUCAACCAACCACAUCAAACCAAUGGAGCACAGAUUCCUUUUUUCGUGCCUCGGGCCUCAUAUGCAAACGGGCAUCUGAUGCAUGACCCCGUAAUGGGGAGCCAAACCAACUACGGUAUGCAGCAAAUGGCAGGAUAUGGGAGGUUGUUCCCUGUGUACCAAGCUUCAAAUGUAGUUGCCAAUACUAAUGGAUCAGGGCCCAAGAAGAAUGGGAAUGUGUCCUGUUAUAAUUGUGGUGUUAGUGGGCACUAUGCACAGGACUGUAAGCAGUCAUCUUUGGAGGCCAGUCAACAAGGCACUUACAGAUUGAGAUAUGCACCUCCCCCACCCCCUUCUAAUGAUACGUUGGAUUCUGCUGACUGAAACCAAGUAAACAUUGCCUACAUACCAAAAUGAAGGUUGGGAAGUCUGGGGAGUUCUUUGGAUUUGAGAGAUUCCUUGUGUGUGUUUAUUUUAUUUUUUUCUUUUGCAUUUUUUCAUUGCUCGUGAAUGUCUGUUGUAAUACAAAGGAAGAAAGUGGUUUUGCUCCUGGUCUGACUUGCAUAAAGCAUGUUGCUAUCUCGGCCAAUCAAUCAAAAGAGUAUUUGAAUGAAUAGACUUUUGCACUGAAGAUAUGCAAUGUUUACUGC